UAAUGAAGAUGUUGGUAUAAGCCCACAUAAAUCUCAGGGAGCAGAAGGAGACCCCGGACAUGGCCUAGCUGCAAUGACGACUGUAAAACCAUCGACUUUGACGUACCUUAUUCAACAUCUUCUCCGACAUGCCAAACCAAAGUCUCCAGUUUGUCUGUUCCGCAGAUUAAUCAGUAAUCCCAAUCAGCAGCGUGGCUUCCGUUCCUUGUUCUUCUUCUCGCCGAUAUCCUCUUCUUUACCUCUCCAGUGUCCUUACAUCUCACUCUCUUCUCUCCUCGUACCUAAAUACUUGUCUUCUGCUUGCGAACCAGAACAAGAUAAAGACAACGUGUCCUUACCCUCUCAUAGCGCAAAAAACGAUGAAGACAAAGAGGAUGGGUCGGACCGUACACUGGUUUCCACGAGAGAAAUUCGAAGAAGCUCUGAAGAGGUGAUGGCUGAGAGCUCGCCAAUGAAGUUGACGGUGAGGGAGAAGAAAAAGCUAGCUUCUUACGCGCACAGCCUUGGAGAGAAGCUGAAAUGUCAACUCGUGGGCAAGUCAGGGGUCACGGAUUCAGUCGUCUUCUCCGUCCUAGAGACGCUGGAGAAGAACGAGCUAUUAAAGGUGAAAAUACACAGGACAUGCCCUGGAACGCUAGAGGACAUGAUUUUACAUUUGGAGGAAGCUACUGGUUCUGUAGUAGUAGGGAAAAUUGGACGGACUGUAAUACUUUACCGUCCUAGUCCCACCAAAUUGAUAGCAAAGGGGGAGGUUGUUGAGUAGUAACAGAUUAGUUGUAUGAUCCUUAUUAUAUAGUGGAAUCUCAGGACUGAGUGGACCCGAAACAGUGCCAUCUAUGGCAAGACUUUUUCAUU